AUGGCUCCCAUGAAAGAUACUGAAGCGGCAAAGCCCCUCAAGCCUGCCGCGUCGAGGGUUAAGAAGGAUAGAACCGGGACUCAAUCCAAAUUGCAAAAGGAGCAACUCCAAAAAAGUCGCAAGGAUGACCUUGAGCGUCACCGGGAAAAAGUCAUGAAGACCCAACAGCAGGUAGACUCCAUGGACACUUCUGAAGACUCAAGAUCUCAAAUUAUGGAGGAACUGGAAAAGAUGAAAGCUUCAGAGAAAUCCAUGCAGGCGCAGAUAGCGGAGCUUGAUGCAGAGCUUAUGGAUAUCGACGAAGAAACGGACAGAAAUGAACCACAGGAUUCAAUUGUAGAUCCCAUUGAUCCUAACAGCGUGCAGCAAAGUAUUGAAGGUGAUGAUUUCGCCCAGUCGAAACCCCUGGAAUCGGAUUCAUUCUUCGACGGAGAAGAACCGGAAGACCUGAGCGAUUUUGCCAGCUUGAGCCUCGAUGAAAAUGACUCGAAUGGCAUUAUUGACCUCCUUGGAGAGGGAAAAACACUUUACGAGACAAAAGGUUUCCGUGGCAGACUAUAUUUCAAAUCUUAUGGACCCAGAAGCGGUCCUAUGCUUACUUGGACAUCAAGCUGCGGUUUGAAAACAGCCGAGGAUGUCCCGUUUCUUCAUAAGGGCCACGGUGCCCUGAAUGAAGCUUUGAAAACGACGAAGAAUGGUGAUUAUAUUCAUUUUGGUAAGAUAAAGCAUAUUACUGGAAUUGCUUGGGAGCCACGCAGACCAGUCGAGUGCAUGAAUGACUUGCUCGAAUCUGUUCAAGAGUUAGAUCCAGCCAACAAACAAAGGAAAUCCAAAUAUAUCUAUCCAUUCUGCACUGUGGCAGUGAGAUGGUAUGAUAAGGAUAUGAAGGACACUCUACUGAGUCGCACCCAGUACAAAGAUCUGACUGGGUGGGGCAAAAAGCAACAGAAUGAAACAGAUCGAAAGUUUUAUAGAGUUGCUUGCGAGCAAAUCAAAAGAUACAAAGAGAAGAUAGGCAAUGAAAAGUUGGAAAGAGAUAAGAGCAUGAGCCCAACUCCAUGGGGAGUUACCCCCGAGCCUGACGACGCUGGUACUCCAAGCCAAGCUACGCAGACUGACCCAGAUAGCCCAAACUCGGGCCAAAACCAGGGCCAGAACCAGGGCCAGAACCAGGGCCAGAACCAGGGCCAGAACAGGAGCCAAAACCAGGGCCAGAACAAGAGCCAGAACCAGGGUCAGAAUCAGGAUCAGGGCCAAGAUCAGAGCCAAGAUCAGGGCCGCAACAAUUUUGGAAAGAAGACUUUCAGCAAGAAAAAAUACCUGGACGAAAUGCGCGCUAUGAUCGACUUCAAUAAUCUCAAUCUUCAAGAUAGGAUUGCCGCUAACUCCUACAUCAUAACUGAGUACAACCUAUACAAGCUCAAGAUGGAGACGGAGGGUGGAGAAGAGAUAGAAUAA